GCACUCCUUCAGGAACUCUGUGAUAUUUUCUUAAUUUUUUCCCUUCUUUUUGUCGCAUUUUGGCCCCGUUUUCAGUGCCUCCACGACGCUCCUUGACUGGCAUGGUUCCAAGAGGAUAAAUAAGUCUAUGAGGAACAAUUCUCGGGCCGAAGUUGAAGUGUGAGUGUAGCAGCUUACGCCAAGAUAAGUCGUCGAAGCAAGCGCAUUGUGAGUGUGCGUUUCUCGCACACUCGAAGAUGGUGGUGUGGGUUAUUGCUUGGUGUGUUCUUGGGGUGUUUAAUAGCGGCUGCGCUCUUCACCAAACUCGAUGGCUCCGACCCCACCAAUGUGCUGGGCCUCACACCGAGGGAAGUGCGCCUGGCUGAGAGGGUCAGGGAGAUGGAGCAGCAGAAUCAGCUGUUGAGAAGACAGCUGAGUAUCUCCCAGAAUCAGCUGAUCCAGGCGUGGGGAAAUGAGGGGGAGGAUGGGGCAGAGAAGAUAGGGGAAGGCACAGGGACAGGGGAACAAGGUGCUACUAAGUGCAAAGAAAAGGAAUUCGGUGUGCCAAAAUGUGAGGUGCUUCAUAUAGCUAUAGUGUGCGCGGGCUACAACUCCUCGCGCUCUGUUGUGACCCUUCUCAAAUCCCUCCUGUUCUAUCGCCGCAAUCCACUGCACUUCCACAUGAUAGCAGAUGCCAAAGCACAAGUUGUCUUGCAUGCACUCUUUUCUUCUUGGAAUGUUCCUCAUGUUGAAGUGAGCUUUUACCUGACGGACAACCUUGCCGCCGAUGUGUCCUGGGUACCCAACAAACACUAUUCCGGAGUGUUCGGCCUGAUGAAACUCACCCUCAACAAGGCUCUUCCACAGACACUCAAGAAAGUCAUCGUUUUAGACACCGAUAUAACAGUCGCCACAGAUAUCGCUGAGUUGUGGAAUCUCUUCUCAAAAUUUGGACCAAAACAGUAUAUUGGACUGGUGGAGAAUCAGAGCGAUUGGUACCUCGGCAAAUUGUGGAAAUCACAUCGUCCUUGGCCUGCACUUGGUCGUGGAUACAACACGGGCGUUAUCCUCAUUCGCCUGGACAUCAUGCGGCAAAGCAACUGGUCGCAGAAAUGGAAGCUAAUUGCCGAGAGGGAUCUGACCACACUCUUCUCGACACAGCUGGCUGAUCAGGACAUCAUCAAUGCCGUCAUUAAGCAACACCCAGAAAUUGUGUAUAAUCUUCCCUGCCAGUGGAAUGUCCAGUUAUCUGACAACACCAGAUCUGAGUUAUGUUACUUGGAGGUCACAGAUUUGAAGGCAAUCCACUGGAACUCGCCAAAGAAAUUAAAAGUGAAGAAUAAGCAUGUUGAAUUCUUCCGCAAUCUUCACCUCACUUUCCUGGAAUAUGAUGGCAACCUUCUUCGUAGGGAGCUAUUUGGGUGCAAUCAUUCAAGGUCCGUUAUUGUGCCUAAUCCUCUGUCUCAGCUAAAUGAAGAAGACGAGUGCUAUGAAUUUCGACGUGCAAGACAAACCAACUACAGAACACACUUGUUUUUCCUUGACAAUGAGUAUGAUCCAACACCAGAUGGUUUUGAUGUGACACUUGUUGCCACAUUAUCCAUGGAUCGUCUGCAGAUGGUGGAACAGUUACUGAAACACUGGGAUGGGCCUGUUAGCCUCACCUUAUACAUGUCUGAUGCUGAGGCACAGCAAUUCCUGUCAUAUACACAGAGUUCAGAGAUAAUUGCAAGCCGGAAGAAUGUUGCAUAUCAUGUAGUCUACAAGGAGGGGGUGAUAGAAUUAAUUCAUCUUUUCAGAAAUCUAGUUAUAUGUAAGGUGAUGACAACUCUUAAUACAUCCUUCAAAGUUAGUAUACAACUGUUUUCCCUCCAGGCUUGGAUUGUGCCGGCUUUUGAAACACAGCGCUACCGUCUUUCAUUCCCCCGCAGUAAAGCAGAACUCCUGAAUAGACUUGAUAUGGGAGAGUUAUUUACAUUUAGGUAUCACGUUUGGACAAAAGGUCACGCCCCGACUAAUUUUGCCAAGUGGAGGACUGCGACCACUCCAUACAAGGUGACUUGGGAACAAGAUUUCGAACCCUACAUUGUUGUGCGUAAAGACGUUCCUGAAUAUGACACCCGAUUUGUAGGUUUUGGAUGGAACAAGGUGUCACAUAUCAUGGAGUUACAUGUGAUGGGUUUUGACUUCAUUGUCCUUCCAAACUCCUUCAUUGUCCACAUGCCUCACGCCCCUAGUCUUGACAUUGCCAAAUUCCGUACAUCUCCACAGUACAAAAGAUGUGUCAAGAUUCUGAAGAGAGAGUUUGUGGAUGACCUCAAUAGGAAAUACAAUAGUGAUAUUUCUCUGCAGUGAAAAUGCAUUUAUUGGACAAGGAAAUUACCCAGGUCUUCCUUCAGAGAAUAUGAUUUAUUUUUUCUGGUAUCCAGAAUGUUAAGAAAGUUUUUGAAAGUGAAACAGAAUUAUUAUAGUAAUCACAGCCUUUUUUAAUAUGAUCAUAUUUCAGAUUUUAUGAUAUGCUUAUAUAUUUUUGGAAGAUAUUUACAAACCAAAUAUGUAUAAUAAGUAAGUCCUGUUUAUGGCAAUAAGUAUUUUGUGAUGUGAUGCCCACGUAAAACCUUGCAUUUUUCUUUUGUCGCAAAUUACAACCUUGUAAUUGGUGUCGAGAUCUCUUGGUUUUGCUUGAUCAAAGACGUGCCAAGUAAAUGCUGGAAGUGAAGGCAUUUUUCUCCAUUUUCAUGCACAACGAAUGUAUCAAGCUUUGCUUUCAUUCUUAGUUGUUAAUUUGUCACUGAUGUUAUUAUUGAUAUUAUUGAUUUUAUUAUUAUUAUUACUAUUAUUAUUGUUAUCAGUGUUAUUAUUGUUUUAUAUUUAUAAGCUGUAUCUCCAUAUUCUGUUAAAAAAAAAAAUCAGCAAUUGGUUGUUUUUUUCUGUUAAAAGAAGUUACAAUUAAAUUGGGUGCUAUAAUAGUUGAAUGACUUAGAUAAGGUUGGGAUCUGAAAUGCAGAUAUUGCUGUCAUAAUGGAGACUUCACAUAAAUGUCUUUUAUGUUUUAUGUGGAAUUAGUGCUUGUUAAUUUUUUUUUGUAAGGGAAAAGAUUAUAAGCAUCAGAAUAACUGAAAAUAAAAGAAAGAAAGAAGGAGAAGAAGAGUGCCGUCCUUUCUGCAAGAAUAAGGGAAGAUAAGGGAAUAAUUGGCAAUAACAGGUGUUAUUGUUUAAUACAGGAGGUGAAAUUGAAGCAUUUAUUUAUUUAUUCCUUGGAGAUUAUUCUGAACAUAUUCUUCAAUUCAAAGUUCAAGAUACUUGUUACCAUGUACUUAUAAUGACACAAACUUUGAUUAUUGAAUAUCUGAGGUAAUAUUAUGAAACUUUUAUGAAGGAAUUCUCUAUAGUGGUAUAUUUUAUUUGCAAUGUUCCUUUUUUUUACAUUACGUAUGUACAUGUAAGUUUGAGACAGAUCUUGUAUUACUCAUAAACAUAUCAACUGUUAACAGACCUUUUUCAUUAUAAUUAGUACAUAUUGAUGAUGUCCUGUGAUGUCAAACCAGAGAUAUUAAUACAGUGAUUAAAUCCUAGAAAGGAAAUAUUUUUUGUUUGUGUUCAUUUAUAUUAGAGUGCCUUUUAGGAAAUUGACAUGCAUUUUACAUGAGGUUAUGUGCUUUUUAUUAGCUGUACUUUUCCUGGUAGUGUGAGAAUCUUUAUUGGUUCCAGAACUAGAGUAGAGUUUAUUCAGUACAUUAGAAUUUGGGAGGAUUAAAUAUGGUGAUGAAAAUGAGAUCUGUUCCAAACUGUGUAUGUAAGAUAAUUUUUUUCUUUUCUUUUCUUUUCUUUUAGAGAUGUAUGAAGAUUAUUUGCAUAAAUGUAAAAGCGAAUUGUUCACAAGUGAUCCUUCCCUUGUGUUUUUACAAAAAGAGUUACCACAGGAGAUAAUACAGUUGUGUAUUUUAUAAGCAGCCAUUUGUUUGCAUGAGACUGAAGCGUAAUGCAGUAAGAAAGAGUGUGUCAUUUUUACAAAAAAAAAAAGUGAGAUAAAUGCCAACCAAAGGUAUUAUAAACUGGUAGAUCUGAGUGUUUUCCUUUUUUUUUGUACCUCUUGAUUCAUCUGAAGUUAAAAGUUUCCUCAUUUCUGACUGCAUUUGAUAUAUUGGUUAUCAAAUUGGAUAUUGUAAUUUAUAUUAAACUGUUGUUCCUUCCAUACAUAGGUUGUAAUAUCGUGACUAAUGAUAAUAGAGCCCAGUUUUCAUCAUGUUGAAUAAUCAUGAAAAGCAAUAGGAAACUACCUUUUAUGAUAUAAGAACAAAUAUUUUUGCUAACAAAAAGAGUCCAUGGAAUACCUUCUCUGGGCAGUGAAUGAAUGAUUAACACUGUUUUAUGUCUUCCCAUUUAUUACUAUUUUUGUGUUAAUUUCCAGUGCUCUCACUGAUGGAAGAAAGGAUGCAUUUAGUCACGUGUUGCACAUGUUAAAGGUGUCAGUAAAUUUUGAACAAAGCAAGACACAUGUUAAAGUUAUGUGCAUUUCAUUGGCAUUUUUUCUCCUCCCUUUUCCAUAGUGAGAAACAAAUUACAAUGAGGUACUUUAACUAUGUAGAGGCAGAUAGAAUAAGUCUGUCUCGCGGGAAAGGGCUAACUGGAUAGAAGGCAACUAAAAUCAAUAAGUUCUGGACUACAGCCAGAAGUUCCUAUAUUUUCAAGUAUUCUUCUAGUCUUACUAAUAGGUUAUCUUCUCAGUACCUGUCAGAUAACUUGUAGUUUUAUUUUAAUACUUCUUACGAUGUUCUGGUUGCAAAGAACUUGAUGGUGAAGGUUGGUUUUGAAGUUGAAAAGAAAAGAAUACAAGUUUGUUAAUUGGCUGUUUUCUUUCCAAGUUAGAUGUGAGUACAUUGUAUUGUGUUAGGGUAUGUAAUUGUGAUUAUGUGUGUGCAUGCCUAUGUAUGCGUGUGUGUCGAUGUCUGUGUAAAUGUUAUUGCCAAAUUAAGUACAGUAAUUGGAUUGUGCAAACAGUUUUGUUUUUGUGUGUUCAGUAUCUAUUCCAAUUUGAACAAAUAUUUUGUGCAAUGACCAAGUUUGUCUUUUCAUAGUAAACUUAAAUAAUUUAUUAAGUUCCUGUAAUCUUUACAAAUUCAUGAGUUCAAAUAUUAUUUAGCAUCUGUGAUUAGACUAAGAGCAUCAGGAAAUAGUUUCUGUAAUUUAUUUCUCUUUACCAUCAAAUGAAAUACACAUUCAUCCUUUGAGAAUCUCGGAAAGAGUUUUUAAGAGCAGCUUUAUUUUUCUGCAGUUGGAAGGCUAUAACAAAUGCUGUGACUUAGAAUGAAAAAUAAUUGUACAUGGAAGCAAGUCCUGUGAGAACUUGCUUCAUUGAUAGCUGUGGCACUUAAUACUGGAAUGAUUAACGUAUACAGUAAGGUCUAUUCUUACCAUACCUUUUUGUUAAUAAGAAUACUUUCAAUUCUUUGAUUUUCAAUAUCAAUGACCAAAAAAAAAAAAAAAACAAGCAUCAAAACAGAGCUUUUAGAUGAUUGCAAUGCUGUUAUUCGGCUGCAUUAGUUACGAAUGCAUUAGGCUUUUAUUUCGGUGCUUACUUACAUUAAGUAAUUGCACUUUCCUCUCCGCUCGAUAGUAGUGUUUGCCAAAGGUGGUUUUGAAUAAAGUGAAGCUUCCCGUUAUAUAUUCAAGGAGGCUGGUCUGAGUUACUUUAUGGGAUCUAAUAACAGGUGAUGAGUCGGUGAAACAGGUACGUUUCACCUGCUUCACUGGUAGAGUAGAUUUACUCGCUAUCCUUUAGUUAUUUAAGUAUUUAUAUUCAGAAUAUCGAUCUUAACCUUCGUACCAAAUUGUUUGUUUUAAGUUGUGACUAAUUUGACAGUUGUUUGUCAUUAUUAUUAUUAUUAUUAUUAUUUUUUAAGUAUUAUUAUCUACAGUAUAUCUACUUUUUUUUGCAAAAUGAAAUAUGAAAUAUAAUGAUGUCAUGAUUUGCUGUAGUUCAGAGCAAACAAAUUAGUUAUUGUAUGGCUCAUGCAGUGGCAAUUGAAAAGGAAAAUUGGUCAUAAUGUUUUCAGUCACAUGUUAAGAGCACAAGUGUAUUUUUUUAUGAGCUUCUGAUCAGAUGAGAUUUUUUUCUCUAUAUAUAUGUUUUGUGAUUUACCAGUAAUGUAUGAGUAAUUUUACUAUCUAAUAAAUAUAUGAUUAGUUUA